AUGGCCUUGGGAGUUCCUCAGGGACAUGUAACUGUCCCCAGCUCCAGUGCUGCAGGCACAUUGUUCCGGGGCCUCUGUGGUGCUCCUGAUGCCCCUCACCCACUGUCGAAGAUCCCCGGUGGGCGAGGGGGCGGCAGGGAUCCUUCUCUCUCAGCUCUAAUAUAUAAGGACGAGAAGCUCACUGUGACCCAGGACCUCCCUGUGAAUGAUGGAAAACCUCACAUUGUCCACUUCCAGUAUGAGGUCACCGAGGUGAAAGUCUCUUCCUGGGAUGCAGUCCUGUCCAGCCAGAGCCUGUUUGUAGAAAUCCCAGAUGGAUUAUUAGCUGAUGGGAGCAAAGAAGGAUUGUUAGCACUGCUAGAGUUUGCUGAAGAGAAGAUGAAAGUGAACUACGUCUUCAUCUGCUUCAGGAAGGGCCGGGAAGACAGAGCUCCACUCCUGAAGACCUUCAGCUUCUUGGGCUUUGAGAUUGUGCGUCCAGGCCAUCCCUGUGUUCCCUCUCGGCCAGAUGUGAUGUUCAUGGUUUACCCCCUGGACCAGAACUUGUCUGAUGAGGACUAAUGGUCAUAGAGGAUGCUUUGCCCAAGAGCCACAGUGGGGGAAGAGGGGAAGUUAGGCAGCCCUGGGACAGAGGAGGGGGCUCCUUACUGUCUAGGGAAGGACGCUGAGGGGCUCAGGGUGAGGGUUGCCUAUUGUGUUCUCGGAGUUGACUCGUUGAAAUUGUUUUCCAUAAAGAACAGUAUAAACAUAUUAUUCACAUGUAAUCACCAAUAGUAAAUGAAGAUGUUUAUGAACUGGCAUUAGAAGCUUUUUAAACUGCGCUGUGUGAUGUGCUCUAUCUAGCCUAGGGGAGGACAUUGCCUAGAGGGGGAGGGACUGUCUGGGUCCAGGGGCAGGGCCUGGAGGGCUGGUGGGUAGCAUUGUCAGACUUAGGUUCCCCUGCUGUUGGGCUUUCUUUUUUGGUUUUUAAGACUUGUGUAUUUUCUUUCCUUGCUUCCUUUCAACCCAGACACUCCUGAGUAUAGGCUUUUCGGCCCCUGGACAGUGUCCUUGUUUUUUGACACUCCACCUGGGCUCCUCUGUGUGCAUUUGUGUCUGGCCUGCAGAAACCAGGUCUGACCCCCUCCUUCUUUACAGCUUAGUGUUUUUCUGGCAUUUGGUUAAGCUGGCUUAAUCUGUUUCAUGUUAUCAGUGCAUUUUAAAUGGGGGCAUUGAAGUUCACUCCCACCACCAGGGCUUUCUUUGGGGUGCCUGGGCCUUAAAAACACUAGCCAAACUCCCAAUUCUCAAAUCACAGCCAGUUCUUGUUCCUGGCUGCAGGCCCAGGCCCCAGGGUGUCUCCUUCCUAGAGUCACAAAGAGCAGAGAGGAAGAGGAAUAGCAACUCAGGGCCUGGGGGUCGUGUGGGAAUCUGUUCUUAGGGACUGGAUGCCUCUGCCUGGCUGAGUAUAGUGCUGACUGCCCCUCCUCUCUCUUUCUCAACAGGUUCUGAGUAGGGCCUAAGCCCCUGCCCAAUAAGGCUUAGGGGUGGGAAUGAGGGUGUAGAAGUGGCCUGCCCUUUUCUGUGUUCACUGAACAGCUUGUUCUAAGGGGGGAGGAAGGGGAAGAGAACUAGAUUGGGUGAGAGGGGGGUGGGGGUGUCAGGGAGGCAAGUGUGUUGUGUUACUGUGUCAAUAAACUGAUUUAAAGUU